AUGGACGUGGAUUGGAUGGAGCAGUCCGACCUUCAGACGAGCUCGCGGGACCUUGCGCACGAGCCGCAGACACAGUACUGCUUGGCUACCCGCGCCUGGCAACUGGGCAUCGAGCGACGACCCAUCCUCGGCAAGCCCACCCUCUGGGGCUACCCCGUCUUCGCAGCCAUCGGCGCCAGCUUCGGCUACUGGGUUCAGGGAGUGGACGAGCGACAGCAGACCAUACUUCAGGAGCGCAAGCAGGCCAUUCUCGACAAGAGGGCGCGGAGGGCGGCGAGGAAGCAGGAGGCCCAGGGUGAACCCGAGGCGGCGGCGCAUUGA